AUGAGUGCAUGAACUUACAACUUGCCACACUUACAUCUAUUGUUUUAGUGAGCUUAUUAUUAUUAUCAAUAGCUUUACUUAUCUUCAAUGGCAAGCAAUGUAUUGACAUGUUCUGCUUCAACUCUAGUGUCCAACAAUAGGGCAUUAGGCAGCCCAUCACUGAUUGGGCCGGGCCCUCGUUCUGCGGUGUCCUUAACACCACCAUUGAAGGCUCCUUCUUCAAGGCCUUCUGGCCUAGUGGUGAAAGCCCAACAAGGUGGAAGUCCAAGGAAUGUGGAUCCAUUGGUAACUGAUCACUUCCACAAAAAAGUUGCACUCCUUGAUACCAAUCCCUAUGUGCGUACUCCAUGGAACACGAGCGAGGAUGAUCACGAAAUCAGGAUGUGGUUCGAUAUGCCAGGACUUGCAGGUGAAAACAUUGAUGUAAACAUUGUGGAUGACUUGCUUGUGAUCAAGGGAGAUGGUGGUGUUGAUGCUUUUGGAAACAAGAUUUUUAGCCCUUAUGAUAGUAGGGUUCAACUUCCCUUUAACUCUUGGAAGGAAGAAGUUACGGCUGUUUUUAAGAAUGGUGUUCUUUAUAUUACUGUGCCUAAGAUCACCAAAAUUGAGCACAAGAUUAUUCACAUUCCUGUUAGAUCCGUUUAAUAAUAGUCAUUAAUUACUUAUUGGCUAUUGCAUAUACAUAUGAGAUGUCUUCUAUAGUAUACUCUUUCUUUGGGAGAUUGAGUUAUGAGUGUAACUUAAGAGCUUCUCUCUAAGAUACUCAUGCAAUAGAGAACCUAAGCUCUAUACAUAUAUAUUUGUUUUGAAUUCUUUAAGUUGUAUGAUGAUGUUGUUCCUUGGUACACACUAUAAUAAUAUAAGACAUUUCCCUUUC